AUGACGGGUACUGUGUUAAAUGGAUUUGAACUCUGUCCCGCAGGUUUCCCAGCUGCCACUUCAGGUUAUCCAGCGGCCCCAGCACCACCUGCCGCCAUAGCCAGCCAGCCAGCCUACACCAGCACCUACACCAUCGUCCAGCCCUCUGUGGUGGUGGUGGGGGGAUGUCCGGCCUGCAGGGUCGGCGUGCUGGAGGAUGAUUUCACCUGUCUGGGAAUCUUGUGUGCCAUAUUCUUCUUUCCUCUGGGAAUUCUCUUCUGCCUGGCCCUGCGUCAGAGGAGAUGUCCAAACUGUGGAGCCACAUUCGGCUAGAGGGACCAAAACCCGGCCGUCGUCUUUUUAAUUCAGUUUUAAGCAUCAGCAUAGUUCGUCUGUAAUCACUGCACAUGAUAAUGCCAAACGUCGCUUACGUAACAUUAAGUUAGUAACCAGCCACAAACUCUUUGAUUAAUAUAAGAUGGUGCAUGUGACGGCUAUCCAUGUUUUUACAUGCCUCGCAAGCGCUAUUUGCUGAUUUUGUUGUUCUUUAUAUAAAAGCCAGUCUCUAGUCAUCUAAUCACUAGUGCCUUUAUGAUGGCAGAGAAAGCAUAAACUAAACGAGCCGGGACUCACUGAGGGUAAAUCCCACACCACUCACUUCGAGUAACAUUGUGUGUGUAAAUGAAACGUGAAAAUGAGCAUCACUGUCGUUCAUUUUGUUUUUGUUGACUAUAAUAUGCUCCCUAAUCAGUCACAUCUUAGUCAAGAUCAAAAAGCAUUUUCGGUGUUAAUUUUUUUUUUGUGCUUGA